UAUCUGUCUUGUGGUAGACUGCUCGAUGCUGCCAGUUAUACCAUAUGCAAGCGGUGAUGUUCCCAGUCGGACGUGCAGACAGCGUGCGGGAAGGGGGAAAGCUUCGUGACUCGCCUGAACAAUCACCUGGAUAUGGCAUAGAGCUGCACCCGCGUUUCAUUUGCUCUUACGUUUGGAGAAGUAUUAGGUGUACUUAACAUCGCAUGCUGUAAAUUCCAGAUCACGUUUACGGGGGACUGUGUCUCUGAUCGGGGUGAGCCGGGAAGGUGGGACUGGCGGUUCGGUGAGGGAGGCCAACCUGUCCCGCCACCGAAAACGUGCCAGACUCUGUGGGACCUCCACGCGGGGCCACCCUAUACUUUAGUAGAUACUACCGGCUCCCGAUGUGGGGUAGGCGUGAUGGGGAACGAAGCUCAGCAGCGCUGCCGCGGCAGCUCGUUCCCGUUCUACGGCACCUGUAAGAGAAGACAGACGCUUUAGCCGACAGAGCGCGCGGAACAGUACAGGCCUGCAGAGCCCGGGGGCACCGUGGUGGAAACCGCCAGCAGAGAACAACCAUGGGCCAGCUUCUGUACAUUCUCUUUUCUACUGUGUGCCUUCAGGCGGUCGCCAUGGCGAGGCCGCGUGUAGAUCUACCACCCGUCUUCGGAAACGUGAGUCACACGAGGCAGAAGACGGCUGGGGAUCGGGCAGAGGGCCUGAUGGGGAAGAUCAGGGGCCGGACUGACCGGGCUGCCUUCCCAGGAGCCAACAACACCAUACACCAACCUCCAGCGUUGAGCCCCACGUGGCUGCGGAACAAGGUGGUAGUCAUCGUGAUCGUCGAGGAACCUCCGUUCAUCAUCAAGAGGGGCGAGGACGGAAAGGAAGAAUUUGAAGGGUUCUGCAUCGACCUGAUAACGGAGCUAGCUAAGGAAGUAGACUUUGAGUUCCACCUGUACACGGUAGAUGACGGAAAAUACGGCAGUCAAGAUGCUGACGGCAACUGGAACGGACUGGUCAAGGACCUCAUGGAGGACAAAGCAGACUUAGCGCUCGCCCCUCUGACCAUCAGCUCCGACAGAGAGAGGGCCAUAGAUUUCACCAAACCGUUCAUGGAGUAUGGGACUGGUCUCCUGAUCAAGAAACCCCCAUCAGAGGGACGCUACCUCUUCGCCUUCCUCAUGCCUUUCCAGAUCGUGGUGUGGAUCUGUAUCCUGGUGGCGCUCGUUUGCGUGGGAUUCAUGCUAUACGUAACCAGCAGGAUAAGGUACAUGCUGAGGGUGGGAGAACCAUUUGACAAUGAUCGCGCAUUUACAUUGCGGAAUAGCAUCUGGUUCGCCUAUUGGUCACUGGUCAAACGAGAAUCUGUCAAUGGGGAGUCAAAAGAUGGUGGCCAGCCACGGGUGGUGGAGAUGGGUAUGAAAGAUGCCACCCAGCCGGUCCAUCCUGCUCCCCAAGGCCCGCCCCCCUCCCCGCCCUGCCGCCCCGGGUGUGGGAGUAGUAAGGAGCCCCGUUGGGACAGCGACAAGGCCUUCACGCUGUCCAACAGUAUCUGGUUCACUUUCAGUGCGCUGGUGCGGAAAGGUGGCGAGCCUGCCCCAAGGUCGCUCCCCAUCCGGAUAUUGGCAGGUUUCUGGUGGCUGUUCGCCCUGAUCGUGGUCUCCACCUACACCGCCAAUCUCACGGCCUUCCUCACGGUCAAACGGCUCAGCUCCCCGAUCGCCUCCUUGGAAGACCUGGCCAAACAAACUGAAAUAGCCUACGGUCUGGAAAAAGACGUGUUUCUGUAUAACUUCUUCAGAGAACAAGACGGUACCGGUAGUGUGUUCGAGCGCAUGUGGCACAGCAUGAGCGCCGACCCCAACAACUUUGCGUCCAGCCUGAAUGAGGGGAUCGAGAAGGUUCGCGAUGGGAACUACGUGUUCAUGGACGACGAGCCGAUCCUGGAGUACCUGGUGGCAAACGACGAGAACUGUGAGCUGAUGUUGGUGGGGAAGCCCUUCCUGUACCGGGGGUACGGCAUAGCCACACAGCGCGGCGGACACUUGUUAGACAAGCUCUCUGUUCAGAUUCUAAAAAUGCAGGAGUCCGGGCGGAUCGGGAUGCUGAGGGACAGGUGGUGGCCUAAGGAGGGCUGCGUCAGCGACCACUCCCCCGCCGCUAAGGACGCCGUGGCGCUGGGCAUAGACAACGUCCUGGGGGUGUUCUACGUCCUCCUGGGCGGGGCGGGACUGUCCUUCAUCACCGCCGCGGCAGAGAUCAUCUACCACCGCUGCUGCAGACCCAAACUCCCCAAGGAAAAACAGGAGGAAGAACCCGCCAACAGGAUGCCUCCGACCGUAUCGGAGGAGACCGAGGAGAUCCGAGUCACACACGAGAUGCUGAAAUUCCUCAGAUGUAUAGAAAACGGGUCGUUAAAAAUCGUGGCGCGGAACAAUCAGGACGGCUUCGCGCUACAGCAGCCGAACUGUGUCCUGUCGGACACCAAACUCUGAGGGCCACUAUCAUCACAACAAAGUGCCAAUCAACUCUCCGUGGGACGACACCCAACGUUACUCACCGUUGCGUUGAACUCUGCACCAGUAACAACACUUCUUCAGGGCAUAUGAUAGGAUGUUAGACGGACCAAUGAUUUCUCUGUAGAUAGAACGUUAUGACGUAUGUUCAUCAUUGUUACCGCUGCCGUUGCUCCGACGAUUCGCGCAUGUGGAACGCAGCUCUUUUAGAAGCUUGUACCUUUAAUAGGAAGGAGGCUACGCUCAAAGCGCCCCCUGUCAAGUUACCGUGGACUUGUGCUAACUUUGCAGUGCAUUUUGCCUGUUUCCAUUUAGAUAAGGUCUAUGUAGCUGGGUUGUAGACAGCCCAGAAACUAGGAGAGACGUAGCAGCACGAGAGACCUACCAUCAUGUGGGUCUUGUACCCGAGGCCGAUUAUUAUUAGAUUGUGUUUCGUCUCAUUAAGAGGUCUACAAAAGAGUGUGGGUAGUGGUCAAUAUGUUUUACGCCUAUUCCAACUCCCCUCCCGCAAUGUCUUUCUGUUGUCGGUUACAACGCUUCUGUAGACGAUAUUUAAAGCUUUUUGUAAAAAAAGAGUAAAAACGAACUUUUACCGGGGAACAUAUAGAUUUCAGUACAAUGUGUAUCAGUGCUCUCUCAUCGACAGACUUUCAUAUUUCUGUGAUUGCACUUGUCAACAGGUUUUGUAGUAUUUUGAAAAUUUCUUGCUGUGAGGGUGAGAUUCAAAAUAUUCUCAUGCAUUGAAUUUUCUGCGCCGAAAGGGGAAAUUAUACGGGAAGAUAAUGAUAUGUGUACGUUUUUGCAUGAAAUGCGAAAAAGAAAGCGACCCUAGGGACUGACCCACGAAUGGAUAUUAACUCCUUAAUAGAUCUUUACAACGAAGUAGAAAGGCUGGGAAACUGUACAAUUAUAACUACCUUUAUGUAAAUUUUAUCUACCGAAACUUAUGAGAGAUGUUUAUGAUAGUUCUUCCCGUAGACGGACCAUGUCAUCGACGGAACAGAUCAUACUCCCUAUACCCAGAUUUCAGAACGAGAUGAUCUCAACCCGUGUCAAAUAUGACGAUAUAACUCUCCGCGUGAUCCGUAUGUCUACUGAUGUUCACGUCGGCUAGUUAUCUGGCCUAUAACCUUACCUAACGCCAUUGGAACGAUGCCUGUGCAGUUGCCCGAGUCACAGUGUGGUACAAGCAGUAGCUACUCCAGUCACAGGAUCAGUCACUGUCGCAUUUAUUGAUUUGUGGCCCAAACGCGGAUUUGAUGGACUCAGUGAGUAAUUUAAUUAAAGAAAUUAGAGGAAUUAGAGGCGAGAUUGGGGAAUAAGAAGCAGACUGCAAAAAAUCAACAUCGAGUUUGAUGCUAUAGGUAUGUUUACGAUAAAUGUCGACAUACAAGACCACGGCAUCGUUUGAUGCGACAAUCUUGGCCCUUAUAUACACAACAUAUACCUCUGUGACCAUUAUAUAAAUGAUUUGAUAGCAGUUACCUUCCGCCAGGGUAGUGGUAUUUUGGAGCUUGCAUGGAUAAAUCAAGACUUUCUUCAAUGGAAAAAAAACAGAAAUAUUGCUAGUUUUGUGCAGCAUGCAGUUGACAUAAACGCUCUGCGCAUUAUAUCCGACCUAUUUCUUUGGUAAUGUUAAUAUCGUUCCAAUGUUCUAAGUGCGAAACUUUGGAUAUCUUUUAUAUUCAUUUUCGAGAAAAUCAUGAUCAUAUACACUUUGUUUCCACAACACCUUUACGAGUGGUUGACCAUGAACCUAGGCUGACCUGCCGGUGACCAAACAUCUGACAAAACAUGAGAUACGCUCGUAAUAUUGACUUCAAAUAUAUGUUUUCGUUUAUUCAGAUGAUGGACAUUGAUGAACAUUGUGGUUGACACGAAGUUCGUUUGAAAAUGAGCGAAUGCACCGAUAUGUAAUCAGACGCGGGAUGGGGGUAGGGAGAGAACACUUGUACUGUACUGUCGAUUAAGCUUGUUGGGAAAGACGAGCCACAUUCUAAACAAAGCAUAUAGUGCUCACCUCGCCGAUAUGGGAGAGAAGAUCUGUGCUUCAAUAUCUCCACCCAAGCUGUGUCCUCUUGGUUUGCAUGUAGCAGGAGAAAGUGUUAAUGGUGUUUAGACUAAUGUUUAGAUGACUGAUGUGUACAUACAGAACAACAGUAGAUAGUAGGUUUUACACGUUUCUCAAGACGUCAUUAGGAACUUGUGACUGGAGUGUUUUUCUGGAAAGCAGCCGCCGCUGUAGGCUUCAGCACACCUCUUUGUUGCGAAGCUACAGGCGAUCACUCGUACACGACAUUCUGAGUUCACUCUCUCCCUACAAUUCUAAUAAACCUUAUGUGAAAACUUGUAAUGAAUAAAAGAUAAACAAAAAAUCUGUCUCUAAUGUUUGAUACUUUGUACUAUCGAUAGCAACAGUAAUUGACACCAUUAAGUAAAUGAAGACGCAUCAUGGUCUGAACUUGCAGUGCUCCAGAGAAUGUGCCAAGGUAUGCUUAACUGCUACAAUACGUGAUAGGUGUGAACAGACAUGAGUGAAUUUUAAUUUUUGAAAAUGCUGUAGCUUAUACAUAACAUGUAACCCGUAGCGUUCCAACUAAAGAUUUCACGCUCUAAACAAACUAAUCUAACAACAUUCGACAUCUUUAAUCUGUGAGGUCUUCAAAACAAACUGUUCCUAACAUUUUCUCGACUUAUAUAGUACGUGUUUCCCUCCUAGUAUCUAUAGAGGUGGGAUAUUUACUUUUACUUUACUUUCGCUGUUUAAAUCUUAAAUCUAUUCAUUUGUGAAUGUAAAUAUUUCUUGAAUGAAUGAAUUAAUGGGUGAAU